GCGGGGGCGGAGGCGGGGGCGGAGACAGACAAGGAGAACGAGAUGCAGCCCCCCGCCGGCUGCGACGUGCCGCGCAGGAACUCUCUGCACAAUAGAGAGGACACGCCUAAAGCUAGACUUAACGAUGGUGAUGUGAUGUCACCAGCCUCCCGGUACAUAGCGAUGGCGCGGCAAGGUCUGCUGGGCUGCGACUCUCAAGAGACGCCCAAACGAUUGCACGAACUGAGAGACGAAGCCAGGAUAGGUGACGAUGCGGUGCGCACUCCGCCAUUGGAUGAAGCGUUGUCGUCGCCCAACCUGGCGGCGCUGAGCCCCACCACGCGGCGCAGACUGCGCGCUGUGCGCUGCGGGGAGAUGCCCUCAGACCCCAUACGUACCCCCACCGACCCUUUUGAGAAGAACCCGGCGACUCCGGACAGCGCGUUCGGUGCGGCGCUUCGUCCCGGCUCCGGCCGACUCUCUCCUGACUCCAGGAAGCGACUUUGGAAGGUGGUCAAUGACCUACCUUCCAAACCACACGCACCCGUUAAGGAACAUACUCCACUAUCGGAGAUUCGCAAUCGUUUCCUGGCGCAGUUCAACUGUCAGGCGGAGACUCCGCCCGCAGAGCACACCGCCGCGCCCAGGAAACUGCGCCUACAGGAUCAACCUGAGACACCGCCGCCAAAGAUGCCAAAAUUAUUUAGCGAUCAGACAGCGAGCAGUAUAAGCGCGGCGGAGAACGAGGAGAGUGUGAAGAGCGAGAGUAGCGCAGCAAGCGCUGCCAGCGCACCAGGCAGCAGGACUCCGCUGCCGGCCGCAGUGGACGCGCAGCUGCAGCGCUUGACUGCUGCACUCAACAGUCGCAGCUCACAGAAACACAAGCGCUCCAGGGACUCCGUCACUGUUACUCCACCUAUAGGUGUGAUGGAGUGCGAGCCGGAGCCGCUGUCGCAGCCCAACACGGUGGGGUGGGACGACGGCGCCACGCCCUCGCUCGCGCCCACACAGGACACGCCCAUUAUCAAACGAUUCAUGCUCUCCUCUAAUGUUGAUAACCGCGAGGAGAUAGCGACAAUGAUCCAGUACCUGGGCGGGGAGGUGAGCGAGUGCAGCGAGAUGGACGCGCGGGCGACGCACCUGCUGUGCGCGGCGCCGGGACGCAGCGAGAAGAUGCUGGGCUGCGUGGCGGCCGGCCGCUGGGUGUUGCAUCCCGCCUACGUCGCCCGCAGCCGCGCCGCUGGACGAUUCCUGCAGGAGGAAGAGUUCGAGUGGGGCAAUCCGGUGGCGAGCUGUUUACCCGCAGUAUCGGAGGCGGAGCGGUCGUUAGCUGCGGCGGCGCAUCGCUGGCGGUCGCGGCGCGCGGCCGGCCGGGCUGGCCCAUUCGCUGGAAUGGUGGCGUUGCUGCACGUCACUGAUGCCCGGCGACGUCUGCUGGCACGACUCAUACAGGCCGGUGAUGGACUGGCACCCGAUGACCAGCCACCAUACACAAAGGAGGAGGUGAACGUUUGCUUCGCGGAUGUGAAGCGGUACCCGCUGAGUGCACGAGACGCGGCGUGGCUGAGUGCGCGCCGCGUGCCUGUCUGCCCCCCCGUACUGCUCAGCUCUUACCUCACUGAUGAAACUCCGCCCAAUCCUCACGAACACUGUCUACCCGAAUAUAGACCUAAGUAGAUUGACUUUAGGUAUAUUUUUGAAUGUAAAUAUAACCAUUGUAUAGUAUUUUUCAAAGGAAUGUUGUACUGCCCAGCUCAAGGUCAGCCAUCACAUAGAUCAUUGCCACUACUUGAAUUGAGACAAAAAAGAGAAAUAAAUGAGGUCUUUAAA